UGCUGGGCAGGGAGACAGGAAGAGUUUGGUUUCCCGGCUAGCUAUACACGUUUCAGGUGUUUGGCGGGGAAGCUGUAGGGAGAGAAACUACUCUCCUGGCUGUGAGAGCGCUUAGAGACUGAAGCUUCCUGCAUGAUAAAGCGUUUGAGUGAGACUGGGAAUGUAAUAGAAAGCUGUGUAUAAGUGCUAGUCAGAGGAGCCACCUGCCUACAAUCUCCAUCACACUGAGAGGCUUUCAGUUGCUGCUCUCUCUCGCAUUCGUUCUCCUCCCAGUACUGGAUAUUCAGGACGACCCCUUUUGUACAAGACUCCCUGAGGCAUAGUGGUUGGUGGCUUGCAGUGGGGAAGUUCUGCGACAGCACAGAAACCAUGGUGGGGACUUUGAGUCAGCUUCUACAAGAUACACAUGAAGUGUUAGACAGAGAAGACUUGCAUGAAGAGAGUCCCUUUGAAAAGCCCACAAUGCAGGAUAUGAGAGCAGCACCAGGACAGAGGUCAAUGAAGGUUACUCUUCAAGACCUCAGAGCAAGAAGAGAGGCAAAAGAUCUUCAAGAAAAGAAACAGCCUCAAGUUAAGCAAGAGCAACAAGGUUUUCGAGAUCGCUUUGUAAACUUACAUCUGCUGCGGCAGUUAAAAGACAGCAGACCACAGCAAGAUGGAGAGAUAAGUGAAAGCAGGCAGCUGCAGAAAAGAUUAAUAUAUCUACAAAAAAACAAAGAUUUACACGAACAAAAUAAACAGGGUAAAGGACAAGUACAAGAAUACUACAAAGACCACAAUGGUGUUGAGAGUGGCCUUCAGAUAAAGCUGAAGGAGUUACAAGGAAAGCUGGAGCAGAAAGAGAAGGAGCAUGAAGAGGUAUACAAGAAGCUGCAGGAGGUUCAACGUCAGGUGAAGGAGAUGAGCAGUCUACAGAUAGAAGUGGGUGGCACUGAUUUGGAGAAGCACAGGGACCUUCUUGUGUCUGAGAAUGAACGACUCAGACAGGAACUGCAGCUUUUGAACAGCCACUUAGGCAGUGAAAAAAAGCUAGAAGUUGAAGCUCUGAAGGAGCGCCUGGCUAUCAUGGAGCAGCAGGAAGCUGAGCACAAGCUAUUGAUAUCAUCCCUGCAAAGAGAAGUCCAACAGAAGGCAGAACGUCUGGCAGAGGCAGAGUUGCGACUAAGGGAUUCUGCACGGGAGAGGGUGGAGGAAGAAGAGAGACUUAACCGCAUGUUAAGAGAAUACCAGCUCUCCAACCAACCCCAGAUUAAAUACAUGGUUAAAACUGUGGAGGUGGAUUCUGCGAAGACAAAGGCAGCUCUUGGCGAGUUACAAAAUCGCAAUGUGUACCUGGAAGAACGAGUUGACAUGCAACGUGACUCUUUGCAAAAGAUGCAGCAACAAGUCCAGCUGGAGCAGCAGGAAGUAGCAAAGCUUCGGGCACAGGUAAAGCUGUAUGAUCUGGAGUUGGACAAAGCACAAACACAGAUGGUUCAGGAGUAUGAGACUCUUCAGGUGGAGAAGGAACAAGCUGUGGCUGAGGCCUUUGAGAGAGCCCAGGAAGAGAUGAGGGCAGUUCACCAAAGUCUGGAUGGUGUGCGGAAAAAUCUUCUUACCUUGCAGCCGGCACUUCGAACUCUGACCCAUGAUUACAAUGCAUUAAAGCGCCAGGUGCGGGAUUUCCCUGCUCUACUAAACGAGGCAAUAGGAGAGGCCCGGAUAGAGUUCUCACAGGCUGUUAAACAUGUCAGUGAUACAAAUGCUGAACUUCUACACAAAUACAGGAAAGAACUGCAUCUGCGUAAAGAGUGCCACAACCAGUUGGUGCGGCUUCGAGGCAAUAUACGUGUACUUACACGUGUUCGGCCAAUAACAACUGAGGAUGGAGUUGGCCCUGGGGCUGAGAACGUUGUAAACUUCGACCCAGAUGAUGAUGGUGUUUUAUAUGUAGCUCAAAAGGGAAAAGAGAUGAGCUUUGAACUUGACAAAGUCUUUAAACCAUCUGCAACUCAGGAAGAGGUAUUCAGAGAAGUUUCUCCUCUCAUUACCUCCUGUCUGGAUGGUUACAGUGUUUGUAUUCUGGCAUAUGGACAGACAGGAUCAGGAAAAACCUACAGCAUGGAGGGGAUUCCCUCUGAUCCUGGUAUAAAUCAACGAGCACUGCACCUUCUCCUGUCUGAGGUGAAGGAAAGAUCAAACUCCUGGGAGCAUGAACUUAGUGUCAGCAUGGUUGAGAUAUACAAUGAGACACUGCGAGACUUGCUGGGGUCAGACCCUUCAAACUCUCUUGAGAUAAAGAUCUUACCAGGCAGUGUGGGAGAGCUCUAUGUUCCUAACCUGACACAAAGGCAAGUGCAGAGCAUGGAAGAUAUCAAUAAGAUUUUGGAGUUGGGACACAAACAGCGAGCCACCGAACACACCAAUCUGAACACCCACAGCUCCCGUUCCCAUGCUCUGCUUAUCCUGACUGCUAAGGGGAGGGAGACAAGCACCGGUAUCUGUUCAACAGGCAAACUUUACUUAGUAGACCUUGCAGGAUCGGAGCGGGUGUCCAGAUCAGGCGCAGCUGGAGAACGCCUGCGGGAAGCUCAAUGCAUUAACCGCUCACUGUCUGCCUUGGGAGAUGUGUUUUCAGCUCUCCGCUCACAGCAGGGACAUAUUCCCUAUCGCAACUCUAAGCUUACCUAUCUUCUACAAGAACCACUUAGUCGGGAUGGGAAGGCAUUGCUUCUCCUUCAGGUCUCCCCUGCAGAGAAGAAUAUAAAUGAGUCCCUUUGUUCUUUAAGAUUUGGGGACAGAGUGCGAGCAGUUGAGCUGGGAGCCCCAACAAGAAAAAUUGAGCAGCUACCAGUGAAUGCCGAACUGGCAGAGAGUGAAAGCCCCGUAUUACGUAGCACUAAAGGCACCUCCAUGCGGAAGAAACCUCAGGGCUCAGUUCGACAGAGGACAAGCCCCCCUUGACCAAAUUCAUGUCUGCACUGCCAUAUCAAUGUUUCGGCACCAUAAGAUGCUUUCUCGAUGUUUACAAAACUGUUGGUGCAUGAGGGAUUAUCAUUGGCUGGGACUUCUGCCUUUGUACUCUGCAUGGGAUUAUGGGAAAUCACUUGAACAAAAUGCUGUGACUUAAUGGAGACCAUAGACAGGACCACAAACUGCACUUUACUCACCACAGAUGGCAUCACAGAUUUUAUAUUGAAUUUCUAAGCACAAAUAUUGCUGCCUAACUGUAUAUGUUUGUUAAUAUAUUUGUACAUUUAUAUGCACCAUUUAUUACAAUAUAUUUUUUUUGUCUAUAUUAACAUACCUGUUUUGGAGUAACAGAUAGGGAAAUUAUAUGUCUAUACACACUGUAUGUGGCUCUUAUAUGAAAGGGCAGGUUACAAGCUCAGAAAUUGUAUAUGCAUAAAAACUUAGAUGAAAC